AGAUUUUCGAGUUGACAACUGCAAGUUCCAUGCCGAUAGAUGGAUGAGAAGUCAGAGGGAUUUUUCUGAAUUUUGAUAGAGUCCAUGGGGAUUUAAUCAAUGGCUGAAUCCCGAUCCAGAAAAGACCAGCAUGGGGCAUCUGAUGGCAUCCACUUUAUGGAUAGAAACAGAAGCCCAAUGGGAGAGGACCUGAAUAAUACAGCUUCCAUGUACAGCACCUGGACCCAAUUCAGUGGUAUGCCAACACAAACCAUGACAGACACUACAGCACCCCAGAUCCACUGGGACACAUUUAGUCCCUCUAGCAGUCCUUCUUUUGAUCAAGUUUAUACCAACCUGGAUCCAAAUGCAGAGUACCUCAGCCAAAUAUUGACCAACAUCAGGAACAACCCCAGUGGAAUUGAGACAGACCCCCGCUUAGCCGAUCAUAGUUUGCAUGGGAAUUCAAGCUUUCACGAGGCAAGUAUGGAAGGACAGUCCAUGUAUGCCGAGACCUUGAGUAGCUGGAAUAAUGUGAAAAACUAUGAUCCUUUUGGAACAGAUGAUGUGUUGAAAACCUCUCAAGAACCUGCAGAAAAUGCUCAGAUAAGGUCCAAACCCUCAUACUCAGAUAUUGCUAAGUCUCUCAAGUCUAAACCAAUUCAGAGCAAGGAGAAGGAGGAAGUGGACACUUCAAAGAAGAAAGGCACAGAGGCUCCUGUCGGAAAGCAUCACAAAGGGUUUAGUCGCAGAGGUUCCCAUUUACAGAAACAACAUUCUAAGGGGCACUCGACUUUGGCUGAUGACAUGGAGUCCAAAGUGAAACCAAAUUCUAAAUAUGGUUUGGACAAUUUUGAUGAUGUAGGUAAUAAUGAGGCCGGUAAUCUCAAAAGUGAAAGUCUGGAGAGCAUUCCUUUGCUGUCAAGGAAGGGUAGCACUAGCAGUGUCAGUAGUGGGACUAGUGGAAUAGAGGAGAUUCAUCUGUCUAAAGGACCCACUGUAGGAAGUAAGAAAGACAACUCUGCACAGAAGACCAAAGUGGAGGGGAAGCAAGAGAAAACUCAGCAAUCGAAACCUGCUGAAAAAACUUUCUUUGAUCCAAGAAGAAUUUUUCAACAGAACAAGUCCUCAAAAGAAACUCCAAAGAGCUCAAUGGAUAGUACAGUCUUAAAUAAUGGUAAACCUGUGGGAAGAUCAAAAUCAAGCUCAGAAAAUCACAGAAAGUCCUCAGAUUACAUCAAUAAUGACCUCAGAGAUGCCAAGAAGAGGACAAACCAGCCAAGCUCCAACAAAGAGGCCGAGAAAAAGGAGAACUCUAAUGUUAGUUCAGUGAAGACUGACAAGAAACAGAAAAAUAGCUCUGUCCAGACUGACCUUCACAUGACAAAGAGAAGAUCUAAACACACCAGAAAUUCUCAGCACCAGUACUCAUUUGAUCAGGAGUAUAUAGACGAGUGGGUAACUUACAUACUGGAGAAAACUAAGUCAGGAAUAGCCUAUCUGUGGUCUGCCCUUGUUACUUGUCUACUACUACUUCUAGGAAUAGUGGUCUAUUUAGUGACAUUCUGUGUUCACAUCAUAACAUGGACAUGGGGCAAAGCAUCAAUGGUUGUCAAGACAAAGUUAUUCAAAAAAUAUUUUGAUAAAUAUUCUACUUCAACCCAAGAGUCGGGGUCAAGAAUAGGACUUGAAGCAAAUAUAGAACUUCCCGCAACAGGUGAAGAGGCCAUGCAGCGGCUUCUAGCUUGUAAAGGAAAAGACCCAUAUAGCAUUUUAGGAUUAAGAUAUGAAGUUACCGAUGAAGAAAUAAAGAGAUAUUAUAAGAAGCAAGCUGUGCUAGUCCAUCCAGAUAAGAAUACUCAGCCAGGUGCUGAGGAGGCCUUUAAGAUUUUAGGACAUGCCUUUGAAUUGAUAGGUGAACCGGAACAACGUAGAAAGUACAACUGUCAAAUGGAGGAGGCAACUCAAGCUGAAGCAGCCAUGAGAGAAUUCAAUGAUCUACUUGCAAAUCUCCACGACAAGAUUCAAGAGGCAGCCAAUCUGAUGCGUUGUGAUAACUGUGGAGGUAAACACAAGAGGACGCCUACUGACAGACCCUGGUACAGCGCUCGCUUCUGUAAACGGUGCAAUAUACGACAUUCUGCCAAAGAGGGGGAUGUAUGGGCAGAAACUUCAGUAUUUGGAUUUUUAUGGCAUUACUUCGCAUGUAUGGAAGGAAAGAUAUAUGACAUAACAGAAUGGGUUUCUUGUAAGAAAGACUACUUUAAGCAUAUGCAGCCGAACGCCCACCAUGUGUUUUACAGAAUUGCAACUGAAGGAGGACGAGCUCCAAAUAAUAAUCAACAUCAACAUGGCAGAUCAGGUGAAGCAGAUUUAGAAGACUUUAUAAACCACUUAUUUCAUCAAGCGAUGAGCACAGAACAAAAUGGCAAUGCUCAAUGGCAACCUCCCCCCUCACAGACUCAGCCCUCCAGUCAGAGCUGGGGGGCCGCCAAUGCUGCCAAGAAAGCCAGGCGGAGGAAGAAAAAACAUUAGACUCCACACUGCCUUAAUUAACUCUUCUAUCCUAUAUAUGUUGGUUUUUGUAACAUUUUUGUCUCAUUCAUUUUAAUGUAAACAAAGGAAUUGUUGAAGGUUUCGCUUUCUUUCUUUGAACAUAUCAGUUUAUUGUCACAGACUAAAACUCUUUUUUUCAUUUUUCAUCUUCAUGUAGAAGACAAUGCUGGUAAAGUUGAGACCUCUAGGAAAAUGUUAAUGUAUAAAUAGGAAAGGCAAUUCACUGGAAUUUUGUAUGAUGAUGAUGAUGAACUUGCAAUUUUCAUAGUAAAGAUGAUAGUGAUUUUGUCUUACAUUUUUGGAGAAUAAAAAUAUCUUGCCAUGUAUUUCAUAAAUUAAGCAAUCUGGUGCUUUUAAAGGGAUAUAAUGAGGUGCCAAAUCGGGGAAUGGUGGCUAACUGUUGUUGGAAACUUUGUUUAAAUACUACUAUUGUUAACUUACAAGGGAAAAUAACUUGCAUUAUGAUCUAAGAUCAACAAAUCUUACUUAAUGAAAUUUUUUAGGACAUUAGUGUGUUACACUCAAUACAUAUGUAUCCUUACAUAUUGCUAAGCUUGUAAUUCCAGAUAAUAUUGAUAUAUAUAUAUAUAUAUUAUUUCAGAAUGCAUUUCAGCUUUUAUAAUUAUCAUCAUUAACAUUGAUUUACUUCAAGAUCUAAAUCCUUUCUAACUAGAAAGGAAGAAAGUACAUAAGGAUCCUAUAGAGUAUGAAUUUGAAUGUUGUAUCAUAUGCUUGUCUUAUGUUGAUACAAUGUGUUAACUUUGUAUUUUGAAGACAGAUUUCUUGUCUAUUUAUUAAAAAUUGUUAUACAUGUAAUGCUGUACAAGAAGGUAACAUCUUUUCUGUUUAUUUCAUGUAUUUGAAAACAAACUUAAAAUAAAAUUAGGUAAUUAA